AACACUAAUAAAAAUUUGGAAAUAUUUAAAGAACAAAAAUUAAUUUCAUCAAAUCAAAUGGCAAUACAUUAACAAUAAAUUAUAAUUAAUAAAUACAAUAAAUUUGAUUUUAUAAAAUCAAAUGAUUUUAUGAAAAUUGAAAAUUUAAGUGAAAAUGGAUCAAAUGAAAUAUUUCAAUUACUUUUUGAGCAGGAAAUAAUUACAAAGGAUGGACUAUUUUUGAAAAAUAAUUUAGCAAAAUUAAAUCUUAAAAAAUAUGAAAUUUAUGAACAACGAAUUAUUUCAAUUUUAAAUUAUCAAUGUUUAUAUAAAAUACAAAUGUUAGAAUUAUUAGAAAAAAUUAAUUCAGAAAAAUUUGAUAAUGAUAAUAUUCAUUUAAUAUUGGAAAAUAAUUUAGACAAGCAAUUGUGUGGUUUAGAAUCAUUAUUAAUUUUCAAGUUUCAUUUUGUGAUAAAAUGAUAACACGUGGAGAGAAAUUGGAGAAAUUUUUAAUUGAAAAUAGCAAUAUUCGUGAAACUAAAGAUAUUUGUAAAAGUUUGACAAAAUCAUUACAAGCUACAAUUGGUAAAUUAAAUGUUUUAUCAAAACCCAAUUCAUGUUUAAAUGAUAUUAAAGAAAAUUUUAAUGGAAAUGAAAAAAUUUGA